CCUGUCAGCGGGUGGAUCUUACACCGCUUGUGGUUCAUUGUAAAGCGGUUUGAGCGGAACAUGAAGCGCUGGCCGGCUCGAUAAACAUUUAAAAUACGGUUUAACAUCCCGGUGACCAUCAGUGGGACCGUGAGAGGGAUUUAGAGGACAUGGACCGACAAAUUAUACAGGCUGUAUUUGACGAGGACACGAUGUCCUCUACCUCGGUGGGAAUAUCAGAUUUGUCCGAUGAGGUCCUGCUGUGCGUCCUCCGCCAUGUUCCGGUGUGUGACCGGUUGCUGAAUGUGGCAAACGUCUGCCACAAGUUGCACAGACUGUGCCACGAUAAGACCCUGCUCACCAAUGUCAGCCUGUCUGAGGAGUAUCUGGCUGACGAUCUAUAUGUUCGGCACAUAUUGAGGCAGCUAGCUGUUCACGUGCAGUCUCUCAGCCUGAACGGUUGCUACUGGCUGUCUGGAGCUACGAUGGAGCUUCUUGCUCGCUGUAAAGGAGUGAUGCACCUCGAUAUCACCGGCUGUCGCAUCACCUCUGUGCGUCUGUCCCGCAUCCUCUCCUCCCUGUCUCUGCUCAGUUCAUUUGCUUUUGAUGUGACGCCAGGCUUCGACUCAGCUCAUCUCAGUUCAAAUGCGGUGGACACGCUGAGCCGCCUGUCAGAGCUCAGACAGACGCUGCUGACACCGAGUUAUGGUGUGGUGCCAUGCUGUGCUCAACUCCGCAAGCUGAUGCUGCAGUUUGAUAUCUCUGAUGUGACCAGAGAGGGCAGAGGUGUCUGCUGUCAGUUAAUGAUGGGUCAGAGCAGUAUGCCGCAUUACCAACAGCUGGAGGAGUUCACUGCCAGGCUGGCUCCAGGAGAGGUGAACCAGACCUCGCUCCUGCUCUAUCUGGCAGUAUUCAGCAUUCAUAUUCCAAAACAUCUCAGAGUUUUUCUCGUGUCGAUUCCUGGUCAAACCCCUGCUUACUGGCCUGCUGCUCCCUCACUGGCCCAAAGCUUGGGUCAACGAGGCGACCUGGAGGCCCUGCAGCUCCCUCGGUCCUGGCUUGAUUCCUUGUCCCUAAAGCGAGCCCUUCAGGGAAACAGUCCGCAGCACCUGAGCUUUAGCCGGUGCCCGGCGUUGUGGCCGCAGGUGUUCCAGUCGUUGCUGGAGGGAGGAGUCGGAGACAACACACAACUGACCAGUCUGAACCUCAGCGGGAUCAACAAGGUCCUUUACUCAGAGUGUCGGAGUGUUGAAGAUCAGCUGGAUCCGGUGAUCAUGAGCCAGCUGGCUGUCUGCUGCCCCAAAAUUAAACACCUGAACCUGAUGCACAGACACUAUCACCAUGAAAACUCACCUGGGCUAGGUGGAGAAACCCACCUGUGUGCCAGCUUGGCCAAAUUUGCACACAUUCGCUCUCUCACUCUGCCUGCCUGCUCCUUGUCAGACGGCUUGAGCAGACAUGAAGUCUCCACAAACAACACGUCUCCCUCUGCGUUGUUCCUGGGGUUAAAGAAGGCUCCACGGGUCGGACACCAGAAUUACAAGCCUGAUUCAAAUUCUAAUGUGUCAGGCGACAGCACCUCAGGGUUCGCUCUGCUCUUAGCUGGCUGCCCUUUUUUAGAGACCUUGGAGAUCAUUGGUCCAGGUUUUGUGUCGGCACUGCCUCGACUCGAGCCCUGCCCUCGCGCCAGUGUGGAGCCUCGUGGGAUGUGUGCGUGGGCACGCGGAGUUGGCGAUGCACACUUAGCGGCACUUGAGGCUUUGCCUCGAUUACAUCGUCUGACUCUGGCUGGGCUUCCUGGGGUCCUUAGGGGGACAGGGCUGGUCCAGCUGACCAGGCACUGCAGUGACCUACGGGUGUUAUCCCUCGCCAACAUGGGAUCACUAAAAACCAUGAACUACGCCCCGGCUUUGCUGGACACACUUAAACAGUGCAAACAGCUACAGGAACUCAGGUUAGAGCAGCCCUACCUGAAUGCCAACGUGUCCUUCUUUGAGGCUCUAUCCUGCUGCUCUCGUCUGCAACGUCUCUGCCUUAUCUCCCGCAACGGCACCUUAGACCCAGUGGCCUCAGAAACCUUCAUGGAGCGAUGCUGCCAAGUCAUCAUGUGCCACAUGUUUAUGGGCGGCACCUUGGUGGCUUGUCGCACACUGCAGAAAACUCUGCUGGACAGAUUUUUAGAGGAGCGUCCGGCCCUGAGCGUGGUCAUCUAUCCAUUACAACACGAAGACCUGCCCACAGUCAUCCGAGACAUCCCGCUAACACUGCUGGAUAGGAUCACUCUGUUCCAGAGCCACGUGGCCCAGCCACCACAUUUAUCACCGAUGUGACAUCAGCAGCUCAAGGUGCGCAGACCGCUUUUAUUCUGCAGGGAAUAAAUACCACAAAAUAACAGACUGACUGUAUCUGCAAAGUGAUUUCCGAAUGUGUGAUUUGUUACAUCAACAACUGUGUCAGGCUACGCUACAACAACACAUCAACCAUGAUUGUUUACAUUUUUAUGACUGAAUAAUGGUGGUCCUCAGAGGGUUAUCAGCUGGAGGUUUUUAGUUCAAUAUUGCAGGACAUUUCACACGAGGCGACGUUUGGCCCUAAAUUGUGGCUUCUCAGUCAAAAAUACUGUCUGUUACCACUUU